AUGUCCAAGUAUACCAAGGAAUUGAAGGUUGUAGCCAACGAGCCUGUCGAUUUAGACGAAUCAGGCAAUUCCGCCACCAAAGCUGCAAAAGAAGAACUAGAAGAAUCCACCGAAAUCCCCUUAGACGACCCAAUUGCAGCAAAAACUGACGAAUCUGGGAAACCAGACACAACAGAGACUGCCACAGAAGCCAUUCCCAUCGAUGAUGCAGAGGAAGACGCAGGUCCUCCACCUCCUCCCAGACCUGUUGACCCUCUCGUGAAAAUCACCAACGAGUUGAAGGAUGCUUUCCCUGCCAUUGAGGAAAAGAUCGUGACUGCCGUCUUGAUUGCAUCGCAGGGAAAUGUGGAUCCUGCGUUCAAUGCGUUGUUGUACCUUUCCGAUCCAUCGUUCAAGCCCGAGAUCCCAAUUCCUGCCGAGCCUGUUAUCGCAGGAUCUGCGUCAAUUGCUGCAAAGCCAGCAUCUGCUACCAUCACCGACGACGAGUUGUUAGCCAGACGGUUGCAAAAGGAAUUCGAGAAGGAAGAAAAAGAAAGAAGAAGGCGCCAUUCCGAACGUAAGCAACGUAAAGAAUACCGCGAUCCAAAAGAGUUUGACAACAGCCCUGACGAAUUCGACCAGAUCAAGGACACGUUUUCGCAAGGCUUUGAAGAGGCAAAAACGACACUCAACAGCUGGGUCAGCGGUUUGGCCAAGAAGUUUGACGGUGGAAACGACCAACAGCUGCAUGAGAAACAGAACCCCAAACUCUUUGGUGCUUUAGGUGGGUCUUCUUUUGGUGAAAACAGAGGUAAAGCUGGAUCUCGGUUUGACGAAGAUCCCGAGAUCAUCUCGCACGACUUCCAUAACCGAAUCAGUUUGAACGAUAACGACACUGAGGAACAGCCUGCGUUGCCCAAGAGAACUCUGGUAGAUAAACAGUUGCCUCCAGAACCACAAUCAGACACUCCUACUGCUGUUCCCGCCAGAACACCAGCAAAAAAGUGGCAACCUCUUGAGUCAGAUGUUCCUGCAAACUCUGAUGCGUUUUUGGUGACAGACAGUGAAGAUGAAGACGGUGCCGACGUGGGUACUGGUGCCAAAAAGACCUCAGCGUUGUAGUGACGGUCUUCUAGUCUAUGUAGUAAAGAUACAAUAAAGAGAAUUAAUCCGU